AUGUUGCCUACACCAAGGAGUAACAUUAGGACCGUUGCUAUCAUUGGAACCGGGGUCAUCGGUGCAAGCUGGACAGCUCUAUUACUCGCACGAGGGCUCAAGGUCCUUGUAACGGAUCCAGCUCCCGACGCAGAAAAGAAACUUGACGCAUAUUUAAAAGCACAAUGGCCGACUCUUACACAAAUGGGCCUCUCUGAAGGGGCUUCCCUUGCCAAUUAUAUGUUCGUGAAUUCGCUGGAUAACCACUUCCACGAAAUUGAUUUUAUACAAGAGGUACAGUACAGUCCCUGCAAGAAUGGCCCCGAGCGCGUGGAAUUCAAAAGCUCCCUAUUCGCAUACCUAGACGAAAACGCACGACCAGAUGUGAUAAUCGCGUCUUCAUCCUCUGGAAUCCCAUCUUCCGAAUAUGCGCUAGCGUGUCGCAACCACCCUGAACGGGUUUUGGUUGGACAUCCCUUUAAUCCACCGCACCUAAUUCCUUUGGUGGAGGUUGUACCACACGCGACAACAGAUAGAGAGAGCGUGGUUCCAAGAGCCAUGGAAUUCUAUAAGAGCUUAGGAAAGAAUCCCGUCCUUAUCCAGAAAGAGAUCCCGGGCUUCAUCGUGAACAGACUUCAAGCCGCCAUAUUGAUGGAGGCGUAUAGCUUAGUGGGAAGAGGUGUUAUCUCCGCUGCAGACUUGGAUACGGCAAUGACUUCUUCACUCGGCCUACGGUGGGCGCUCAACGGACCAUUCGCUCUGAAUGCCUUGGCGGGAGGCGGGAGCUUUCUCCAUUUCAUGGAGCACCUAGGCCCAGCUGCCAAAUCAUGGCAUGAUGACAUGCAAAAGCACACGUUUGAAAUGACACCCCAAGCAAUUGAGGAUUUGAAUAGGGUCGUUGAGCCUACGAUAGCAGCAACCGAUCUCGAUAUUCUCCAAAAGGAAAGGGAUGACGUUUUGUUGAGACUUAUGGAUUUGAAGGCGAAAUCGUCUUUAUUGAAGUAA